AUGGAUGAAAAACGUUUACAAUAUAUUUUUAAUCACAUCAAUAAUAAUAAAGUAAAUUAUAUUAAAGAUUUAUCAGAAGUUAUAAGGUUUCAUAGUAUUUCUGCAUUUCCCGAAUAUAAACCAGAACUUAUACACGUAGUCAAAUGGUCUCAAUCAUUUUUAAGGAGUAUGGGCUUUAAAUCUGAUGUUAAAUUUAUAAAUUACAAUAUCAAGGAGAACAAUAUAAGAAGGAAUAACCCACACAAACAUUUAACCAAAUUGCGUUACAGACAAAAUCAAUCGUUUCAAACUUUCGGCCCUCCUUUCCUAUUCAGCACCUUACCUAAUUCGAAAUCUUCACAACCUAAUAACAUAACUCUCCUCAUAUAUGGCCACUUAGACACAGUACCCGCACGCAAAUCCGAUGGAUGGAAAUCGGAUCCAUUUAUAUUGACUAAAGUUAAACACGAUUUUUAUGGGCGCGGUGUAACCGAUAACAAAGGUCCUAUUUUGGCUUGGAUGAAUGCUAUUAGAGCAUUGAUUGAUCUUGACAUUUGCAUACCCGUGAAAAUAAAGUUUUUUCUGGAAUCAGCAGAGGAAUCAGGAUCAUUUGGUAUGGAAAGAAUAUUAAAGCAAGAAUCAAGUUUUUUCAAAGAGAUAGACUAUGCUGUGAUAUCCGAUAAUUUUUGCCCUAACAUAAAAAAUCCAUGUUUAACUUAUGGACUCAGGGGCUUAAUCUAUUUUUACCUGCAAAUUCAAAGCGCAGCAGAAGAUCUACAUUCCGGAGUAUACGGGGGUUCCGUCCAUGAAUCGAUGGCUGAGCUAGUAGACAUUUUAUCCAAGUUGAGUAAUGCUACAACCGGCCGGAUAACAAUCCCAGGAAUAUAUGAUGAUAUUAAAUCCUUAACCGCUGAUGAAAUAAAAGCUUACUCCAAUUUUGAUUUUAAUUUGGAAGAUUACAAAAAUGCAGUAAGAUCUUUAGGCCUAUUACAUUUCUCAAAAAUAGAGGAACUGUCGUAUAAAUGGAGAGAGCCAUCUUUAAGUAUACACGGUAUAGAAGGAGCUUAUUCUGGGGUUGGUGCCAAAACAGUUAUACCUCACAAGGUUAUAGGUAAAUUUUCGAUAAGGGUUGCUUCUCACCAAAACGUUCAAAAGAUAAAAAAUAAUGUUAUCAAUUAUAUAACUAGAUUACACGAGCAACGUAGCACUGGAAAUUCUCUCAAUGUAGUAAUUGAGGAUGAGGUUGACUCGUGGCUUACAAAUUAUAAGAAUUAUAAUUUUCAAUUGGCAUCUGAAGCUAUUAAAAGGGUAUAUGGUAGGUAUCCGGAUUUAACCCGAGAUGGAGGUACAGUUCCAGCUGCGGUAUACUUAUCGAAAUAUCUAAAAGAUCCAAAUAAUAGUUUAAUACUAAUACCCCUAUCAUAUGCUGCAGAUGGAGCCCAUUCAGAAAACGAACACAUCAAUAUUAAUCGUUAUAUUAUGAGUAUAAAAAGUUUAGUUUCGUAUAUAUAUGAAAUAGCCAAACAUCAUUCUUCUAGAUCAAUCUAA